AUGAGCGACGUGGAGCUGCUGCUGGUGCGCAUUGACCACUUCCAAGACCGCGCUAAGUACGUUUCCAUGCUGCGGGAGUGGCUAAAGGAGCUCAAGAUCGUGAAUGGGCGUUUGAUUAGCAUGGGAACGGACGUGCAGCUGCUGUUUGUCGCUGCGUCGGAGACGCAGACGUCGCGACUGCUGGAGUUCUAUCGGGAUCGAGACAUUGAUACGAACCGACGGGGAGAGCUGUGUGUGGACAAGUUUAUUGACGUCUUGGGGUCGAAGAAGGUCGAGAGCUGUAGCUGCAAGGGCUUUGCAGAGAUGAAUGUGCUGAGCUCGACGUUGCUGCAGAAGGUGUUGGUGCAAGAGUGGCAGGCUGAGCAAGAGUGGCUGGAUACGGCGCUGGCGACUGCACGGACUAAGGCGUUUCUUGCGUGGAAGGAGGCGGCGAAAGCUGCACGCAAAGACCGGAGGAAGAGGGAGAGGCAGGAGAAGGAGGAUGCGAGAGAGGUGAAGAGAGCAAAGAAGGAGCAGGAGGAGCUUGAGGGAAGAGGUGAGGAGAAGGAAGCAGAGGUUGGUGGUGACGUAGGACAAGUCGAAGCCAUUCAGACGGAGGAGGGUUGUAGGCAGCAGGCAACAAGAGUGGUGCCGAAGCAGCGGGGGUCCAGCAACCGACCGUCAAAGAAGGCGUUGAACCAGGAGAAAAAGAAGGUAAAAGGAAGUGUGUUAAAGAGAGCAGAGGUCAGUAGUGGUGUAGGUCAAGACGCAGCAAUUCAGAUGGAAGAGGAUAGUAUGCGGCCGACAACAAUAGCGGCGCCAAAGCAACGGAAGACUUUGAUACUGGCAAAGAAGGCGUUCCGACCGAAAAAACGAAGGUAG